UUUGAAAAUCACGUUGAAGUGUUUUGAAAAGAAAGAGGAAAGGUCUGAAUAUGAGUUUUCGAAUUGGAAGCCAUAUAUCAAAUCCCCAGAUCAACAUUGUAAUACUUGGGGGUGGAAUAUCAGGGUUGGCAGCAGCACAUUCAGCUAUUUCCUCGCGCAAGCCUGGAGUUUCAGUCACAUUGCUGGAGGCGAAACCCAGAUAUGGCGGAUGGGUUGAAACUUUGCAUUAUGAAGAUGGCUGCACAUUUGAGGUUGGCCCGCGAACUAUAAGACCAGUUGGGCUUCCAGGAAAGCGAACUUUAGAGCUUGUCUCAGAAUUGGGCCUUGAAACUAAAGUCAUCCCAGUGACAAGACAACAUCCAAGUGCUUCAAAAAGAUAUAUCUAUGCCAAAGGAAGAAUUUGUUUACUCCCAAACAGUUUGGUUUCUUUAUUUACCAAGCAGCCACCUCUGACUAGUUCAAUUGUAUCAUCAUUGAUAAAGGAACCUUUUCAAACAAAGUCAGCAGAGCCAGAUGAAACAGUCCAUUCAUUUUUCAAAAGAAGAGUAGGCAGUGAGAUAGCUGAUUAUUUUGCUGAUGCCUUUUGCCAUGGAAUAUAUGCAAGUGGAUCUAAAGAACUUAGUGUUGGCACAUGCUUUCCAUCUCUACUGGAAUAUGAAAGACGUUAUGGGUCUCUUUCAAUGGGAGCUUUGUUUUCAAAAAAAGCAAAGAUACCCCUGGAUGACUGUCUGCUAUACAAAAGAAGUCAAAAAGAGAAGUGGAGUAUUUGGACACUGAAGGAUGGGCUUCAAGGGUUUGUUGAAGCAUGGAGCAAUUAUCUUGUUGAGAAGGGCCUCAAUACUAGGUUGAAUACAAAAUGUCAUUCAUUAAUUUUCUCUGAGAACAAUAAAGUCUUGUGCCAAACAGAGGAUGGGGUUGUGGAAGCUGAUCAUGUUAUAUCAUCACUUGCAUCAAAAGAUCUUGCAGCUCUUCUUCCAGAUAGAAAUCAAAAACUUUCUAACCUACUAAAAAAGAUUCAAAAUGUUACAGUUGGAGUAGUGAAUUUGGAAUUUGAAGGGAAACAGUUACCAGUGGAUGGGUUUGGGCUCCUUGUCCCUUCUUGUGAAGCAAUGGACAUCCUAGGGAUUGUAUUUGAUUCAUGUGUUGUUGAAGAUGGAAGAGGGAAUACCAAAUUAACAGUAAUGAUGGGUGGAAGCAAGUAUGAAAGUUUAUUUGGAAAUCCUGAUAAUACUGACAAGGACUAUUUAUUGCACAGAGCAUUGCAAGGUGUCACACAAACUCUUGGCAUAAAGAAAAAGCCAAUUAAGUGCUGUGUCUCAAUACAGAAGGAAUGUAUUCCACAGUAUCAAGUUGGUCAUUUAGAAUUGGUUGAAUCAAUUCACACAGAGAUUUGCAAAGACCAGUUGCCACUCACAAUUGUUGGAUCAUCAUAUAGAGCAGUUGGGAUAAAUGACUGUAUUUUUAAUGCACAAACUGAAGUUGAAAAUAUUAUGAACUUUAGGUUUGUUUCUUGAAAACAGAAAUCAAAAGUGCAUAUACAGUUUUAAUCUUAUAAUCAGUAACGGAAAAAACAAAAUCUUUGGCAAGAACAGAAAAAAUUCAGAAGCACUGGUUUCUGUUCUCCAUAACAAAACAUUUUAAAUAUGACUUUCUACAAGCCUACAAACCAUCUUUUGUUUAGUAUCAAUAAGUUUGUAUCAAUAGUCAUAAUUUUAGGCAAAGGCACAGCUAAUCUUGCAAAUUUACCAAUCCAAGUUGCAAUGGAAUAUCAUCUUGUUUACUUGAACUGAAGCUAGACAUAUC